GCUGGUGCGCAUCCGAGGGUACGAAUACAUCACAACACGUCCGACGGAGCGCGAAAAACGUCCACUUCACGCCCACGCGAGUGCAAACAUUUUCGUGCAAUUGUAGGUUUUUUUUUCUUGUGAAAUUUUUAUUGGAGUUUUUUUUUUUUAUUGUUUGCCUGUUGAUUCUCGCUGAUGAUGUUGGGUCUUCGGGAACUCUGAGUGAUGUGCAGCGAUCAGUGGUUGACAAUUUGAGGAUCGAAUUAUUGAUUAAGGUUGACGGAUCGUGUGAUAUGGUAUACGUGUGCUAAGUGAUGAACCUCGGUUUUUUUGCACGGGGUGGUUGUAGUGCAGAUUAUUCAGAGACUUCAACGCGUGGCGCGGAACGAUCGACUUGGGAAUACAGCGGUGUGCGGAGACGGUUUUUGUGGAGAGACAGCCCAACCCUCGGCCGCCGUCAGAUUGAUCGAAACCAUUGGAUCACAAUACAGAAUCACGAGGGAAACACCUUGAAUUGGCCUGCACUUGGUGGAAAUAAUUUCGAUUCGUGCUAUGAUCAGCAUGGAAUUAUCGGGCCACGGGACGCAGCAUGGGGCACUCCAUCUCGGCGUGGGUGUCAACCCGGGGGAUCCCGCCCUAGCCGCUAUCCAUUCUCACCACCAGGACUCACUGGGAAUGCAGCAUCACAAUCACACCGGCAUCGGGAAUGGAGAUGAUGGCAGCCACGGCGGCAACGGCCAAGACGGUGA